AUGGAAUUUUUAAAAAGUUUUGACUCGGAUGACGACGUAGAAUUCGUCGAGACAUUCUUCAAUGUUGUGCAACACGUUCACGCCGAAGAAAGUUCGAAUGCAGCACGUACAAGGGCGGUCGUCAAUCGUGAUCGCCAAGCCGCACACGACUUAUUGGUACGUGAUUACUUUGCCGAUAAUUGUCUUUAUAAUGACGACUCGUUCGAACGUCGUUUUCGUCUGAAUAAUGCUAUAUUUUUACGUAUUAGUAAUGCUUUAAAAUCUCGUUAUGAUUUUUUCAAACAAAAACCCGACGCUAGAAGAAGAAUGGGUUUUAGUAGUAUACAAAAAUGUGCGGCUGCUCUUAGGUAUUUGGGAUACGGUAUAGCAUUUGAUGCAUCUGACGAAUACUUGAAAAUAUCCGAGAGGACCGCGGUUGAAUGUGUAGAUUGGUUUUCUGCAUGUGUUUAUGAGGUUUUUCACGAAGAAUAUUUGCGUAAACCUACUCAACGUGAUAUUGAGAGAUUAUAUUCGGCUCAUGAAGAGAGGCAUGGAUUUCCUGGUAUGCUUGGCAGUCUAGAUUGUACGCAUGUGGUUUGGGAAAAAUGUCCAACUGCAUGGCGUGCGGGGGUUAACAACGACCUUAAUGUUCUUGGUCCGUCUCCACUUUUCAACGAUAUUUGGACCGGCAAAGCACCUGAUAUGACGUUCACGGUAAACAGGCACGCGUACAAAUAUGGUUACUACCUUGGUGAUGGGAUAUACCCGGAUUAUUCUACGUUGAUGAAGGCAUACUCAGUUCCUCGAAGUGAAAAAGCAAAAUUUUUUACAAAAAAACAGGAAUCAGCGAGAAAGGAUAUCAAGAGGGCAUUUGGAGUCCUUAAGCAAACAUGGCAUGUAGUGAAAUAUGCUACACGACUCUGGGAUAAAGAAAGAAUUAAGCGAAUGGUCCUAGCAUGUAUUAUAAUGCAUAAUAUGAUUAUUGAAGAUGAAGGUCGAGCGAUUUGCACGUAUGAUCCGAACGACGUUGUCGUUCCAAUUGAGGAGUUCGUACCCGGAACGAAUGCUUUUUUGGAGCGAGUUGUCGAAAUUCAUAACAGUGAAACGUGUUUCAAUCUUCGAGAAGAUGUCGCGGAACAUUUGUACCAACAUAGCAUGAAAGACGAUUAG